GGCUCGCGGUAAAGAUCAAAGGGUCGAGGGUGGCGCGUGUUUAUUUUUAGAACAUAAAAGGUGGGACAGGGCGUCGUCGGCCCGCGGAGUUCCGCUUUGGACCGGAAAUCGACGGAAAAUUCGUUUCGCGCCGUCGAAAACUAUAAUGACGCUCUGGCGGAAUCACGCCUUGUAACGUUUUUUUUUUUUAUGGCGGCGCUCGUAAGCGUCGAUUUUUGUAAACAAAGGGAAAUUUUAGCCUGCUGCGAUACGUUACCGUCUCUAAUUGGGUCAAAGCGCGAUCUCGGGCAUUAACGGUGUCUCUGACACGAGACGAACGCUGAAUCAUGGACGACCUGGUGUGGGCCCGUGACCACACAGAGGGGUUCGUUUUGGCCCGGAUGAGCGAAAUAACCAACGAUGGCGCUGAGGUGGUGCCGCUCGACUCCAAACACGCCAAACGGACGUUGCCUUUCAGCGACAUCUAUCGGGCUUACGUCGAAAAGGAUAGGGACUACGACGAUAACUGUGAGAUGAUGUUCCUCAACGAAGGUUCACUACUACACAACAUACGUACAAGAUAUUACAAAAAUAAAAUUUAUUCAUUCGUCGCCAACAUCCUCAUUGCGAUCAACCCGUACAAAGACAUCGCGGAACUAUACUCGGGCAAAACGGUGGCCUCUUACCGGGGCAAGUCGCUAGGGGAGAUGCCGCCCCACGUGUUCGCCAUAGCGGAUAAGGCGUUCCGCGACAUGCGCGUCUUCAAGCAAUCCCAGUCGAUUAUAGUUUCCGGAGAAUCAGGGGCGGGCAAAACGGAGUCGACCAAACAUCUGCUGAAGUACCUCUGCGGCGACGGCGUUGCGGGCCCCAUCGAGCAGAAGAUCCUCGACGCGAAUCCCGUGCUCGAAGCGUUCGGUAACGCCAAAACAACCAGGAACAACAACAGCUCGAGGUUCGGUAAAUUUAUCGAGGUCCACUUCGACAAAAAGUUCCAAGUGGCCGGCGGUCAUAUUUCGCACUACCUGCUCGAGAAGAGCAGGAUAUGUUCGCCACACGGGGAAGAGCGUAGCUACCACAUCUUUUACAUGCUCAUGGCCGGCGCCCCGGAGACUCUCAGACAACAACUGGCCCUGAGCAAGCCCGACGAUUUCAACUACCUGAAAAAUGGGUGCACGAGGUACUUCGCGAAACCAUCUUCGGAGAAAAGGCUCGUGGCGACUCAAAAGAGCUCCGACCAGACCAAGUCCGGUUCGCUCAAAGACAUCCUCAUCGAUGACGUCGACGAUUUCAAGGAGUUGGACAUGGCGCUGUCGCGCCUCGGCAUGUCUGACGGCGAACGAUUGCAGAUUUACACCACUGUGGCGGCGGUCUUACACUUGGGCAACAUCGAAUUCGAAGACAAUCCGGAGGACACCAAGGGAGGCUGCCGGGUGGCCGCGAGCAAGGAGAAGUCGCUGCAGAUGGCCUCGAAGUUGUUGGAAAUCGAUCCCUCCGAACUGAGACAAGCUCUGGUGGCGAGAGUGAUGCAAAGCGCCAGAGGCGGACUCAAAGGGACGGUUAUCAUGGUGCCUUUAAAAAUCCAUGAAGCCAACAACGCGAGGGACGCGCUCGCCAAAGCGAUUUACAGCAAUCUCUUCGACUAUAUCGUGAAUCGCAUCAAUCAAAGCAUCCCGUUCCAAGCGUCCAGCUAUUACAUCGGCGUGCUGGACAUCGCGGGUUUCGAGUUUUUCACCGUAAACAGUUUCGAGCAGUUCUGCAUCAACUACUGCAACGAAAAGCUGCAGCAAUUCUUCAACGAGCGCAUCUUGAAGUUCGAGCAGGAGCUGUACAAGCGCGAGGGCCUUAGCGUGCCGGAAAUCACGUUCGUCGAUAAUCAGGACUGCAUUGACUUGAUCGAGGCCAAGGCGAAGGGCAUACUGACCCUGCUGGACGAGGAGUCCAAGUUGCCUAAGCCUUCGUACGCCCAUUUUACCGAAGACGUGCACAAAGUAUGGGGUAAGGAGUACAGGUUGGGGUUGCCACGGUCUUCUAAGUUGAAGGCGCACCGGAGCAUUAGGGACGACGAAGGUUUUUUGAUUAGGCACUUUGCCGGAGCAGUGUGCUACCAAACAAAACAAUUCAUAGACAAGAACAAUGACGCUCUGCACGCGUCUCUGGAAGGCAUCAUCCAAGACAGCAAAAGCAAAUUGAUCCAGACCCUGUUUGCGACGUCCAUGGCGCAAAAAGGUAAACUUACCUUUAUAAGUGUCGGGAACAAAUUUAAAACGCAACUACAGGAGCUGAUGGAGAAACUUCGCGACAACGGUACGAAUUUCAUUCGUUGCAUCAAACCGAACAACAAAAUGGUGGACAUGAUGUUCGAGGGCAGCCUGUGUCUAAUGCAGUUGAACUGCUCAGGCAUGACCUCGGUCUUGGAGCUCAUGGAGCAUGGCUUUCCGAGCAGGACUCCGUUCGCAGAUCUCCACGGGAUGUACCAGGACUACUUGCCGAAAGAAUUGAAGCUGCUGCCUCCGAAAACAUUCUGCGAGGCCAUGCUUCAUAGCCUGAAGCUGCAGGACAAGGACUUUAAGUUCGGUAUCACGCGGGUGUUUUUCCGGCCCGGGAAAUUCGCAGAGUUCGACAAAAUCAUGAGAUCCGAUCCCGAGAACUUGAAGGCCAUCGUAGCCAACGUGAAAAAAUGGCUAGUCAAGUCGAGGUGGAUCAAGGCGCAGUUCUGCGCGCUGACCGUCAUCAAAAUGAAAAACAAAAUUUUGUAUCGUCGUGCCGCCCUCGUACUGCUGCAGAAGCACAUAAGGGGCUACUUGGUUAAGAAAAAGUAUGGCCCCAGAAUCAAAACCAUCAAGAACAUUCGAUCGUUGGACGCGAAGCUUAAGAAAAUCGAAGGCGUGGCUGGACAGCUGAAGAAAGACAAGGAGACCACAACGAAUGCCAUCAACGCGCUCAAGUCGGAAAUGACGUCGGCUAUAGAUAGGAUCAAGAGGGACGACAAGAUCGACGCCAAAACCGUCGAAGGCCUGUACAAUGGACUUCUCGUCAAAGUCAAUCAACAGAUGGCGGUACUAGAGAAGAAGGUGCAGGAGCAAAAAAUCGCGGAAGAGCGGGAACGGUUGAGGAAGAUCCAGGAGGAGAUGGAACGCGAACGAAAACGCAAGGAGGAAGAAGAGAGGAAACUAAAAGAAGAGGAGGAUAAUAGGAGGAAGAAGGCAGAGAUAGAGGCGAAGCGGAAGAAGGAGGAGGAGCAACGGCUCAGGCAGGAGGAGGCCGACAGGAAGAUAGCGCUGGAAUUGCAGCUGCAACAGCAGAAGGUGGAACAAGAGGAAAGGCGGUAUCAGGAGCAGCUCGAGCAGGAGAGGCAGGAUCGCGAAUUGGCGUUGCGGUUGGCGCAGGAGAGCAACGGACAGAUCGAGGAGAGUCCUCCGUUGGCGCGGAACGUGAUGAACGGAACAGACUCUCAGCGGCAAUCGUUCAAACUGAACAGGUCCGAGACAGCAAGGACUCAGCAGCCAAAGGGCAAGUAUGACCUAUCCAAGUGGAAGUAUUCAGAGCUCCGUGAUACUAUCAACACGUCCUGCGACAUUGAACUGCUAGAGGCUUGCAGGCACGAGUUCCAUCGUCGGCUGAAGGUGUACCACGCAUGGAAGGCAAAGAACAAGAAGAGAACUACAAUGGACGAGAAUGAAAGGGCCCCUAGGUCAGUGAUGGAGUCAGCAGCUAAAACUCCAAGGUUGCCCCAGAAGGCGAUAUUGGACAACAACUCGCAGCGCUACUUUAGAAUUCCUUUCUUAAGGCCAGGCGGGGAUCCCAACAAGCGGGGUUGCUGGUAUGCUCAUUUUGACGGUCAAUAUGUCGCCCGACAGAUGGAGCUGCAUCCAGAGAAGCCGCCAAUACUACUUGUUGCUGGCAAAGACGAUAUGCACAUGUGCGAGUUGUCCCUAGAAGAAACGGGACUAACCAGAAAAAGAGGGGCGGAAAUAUUGGAAAACGAAUUCAAUAAGGAGUGGGAGAAAAACGGCGGACACCCAUACGUUCGGAUGGCAGAUAGAAAGUGAUUCAAUAUUUGUUUUCUGGGGC